AUGUCUGGCUUUGAAUAUGAACCUCAGAGCUCACCUACCCCCUCCAGUCGGCACGGUAUCUCCCCCCACGUCUCCCUUCCACGCAACAUGAAUGCAGGCCGAGCCGGUUCAUCGCAUCGCCCGUUCAUCGCUCCCAUGGCAGGUUUAGGCCAGACACGAUCGUCUCAGAGGCCAUCUCGGGAUUCUGAAGAGACUUCCGAUCAGACACCCAGAGCCGUUCGACCACUCCCCACACAGCGGACCCAAGCAGCAAGUCAAUCAGGAUCGUCGUUAUCAGCUACCUCUCAACUACCGCCGUCAUCUCAGUCUUCCUCACUCACCACAACCUCAUCUGCACGUUUCAAUGUUCGCCGCAACACCAAACCUGGUGCUCCCGCUCAACACCCUACAUCUCAGCCAUCCGCUCCUGUCCAAGAUCGACACACGUUCCAACUCCUCCAGUCCAUCCAAACGACCCUCGACGAGUAUAAGAGUACCGUCGCAGUCCUCGAGCGGACCGUGUCGGAGCUGGUCGCCGCCAACAACGAGAUGCAGCAGGAGCUUUCGAACAGGGACAGUGGCGAUAAAGACGAGGCGAUCGCUCGAUUGGAGCAAGUUGUGCGUGAACAGGGCGAGGCGUUAGCGGAUCUGGAAGAGGAGGUUUAUAGUAGUGAAGGAGGAAUAACGGGUCGGGCUACGAGCGACGAGAAGAAGGCUGUUACGAAGUUUCUCAAAUCAGCAAUCGAACAGCUUUACGGAUGCCACCCGCCGGUUGCCUACCCUGACGAUGCGAGUGAUGCAGGUUGGCCUCAGCUAACGACAGCUGAUGGUGUGCCGACGGGACCUGCGAUGAGAUGGAACUUUGCUGUACCGCUGCGAGAGGAGCCAAACGUCAGCGAAACGCGAAGGCUCUAUACCUUUAUACAGGAGAAAGGCUCGAGUGUAGCCUUGCCCAACGACCUUCCUCGAGAGAGCAUCCCGGCAUACGCCACCCAUACCAACAUCUACGCAAAGGCCGUCUCAGAGAUAUUCAAGCAGUAUCGAGCGACGCAAGCGAAUCAGCACCUGAAGGAAUGGAGCAAGACGGGCCGGGUACUCGCCAUGACGCAGAUCGAGGAGAUGCAGGCGAAAGGAGACAUGUUGACGCAUGGGGAGAGGGAUGCGUUGGAGCAGAUGCAGAGUCAUUAUCAGGUGAUGGAGAUGGCGAUGGAGAAGACGGAGAGCGAGGUGAAGAAUAACGCAAGAUCGCGCAUGAACACACUUCAAGGCCACAUGAAGAAACGGCGGGCAAAGACGGCAUUCAACGGCCCCGAAUACGCAGUCUUUGACUCCCUUUACGGAAUGCCGGUCCUCUCCAUGAUUCGGCAGAACGACGGGUCGUAUCAUGCCUAUCUCCCCGACCUCUCGCAGAUCUACUCCGAAGACUACAUCACCUGCUUCAACACCAUUUGGUCAGCGGGUAACAGCACGAGUGCCCGAUCCAAUGCCUCUGUCGUGAUCAACGAACCUCCGGAGGGAUACGAAGCCGCCACGCCAACUCCCUACUUCGCCUCGACCUUUCCUAAAAUCCACCUAUCGCCCCAGAAAUGGAUGUUCAGCGCCAGCUAUAUCGCCUCCCAUCGCGAUUACCUUUCAACCAAGAUCGUCGAUGUGGAUAUUCCUACUCAUCCGACCGAAAUUAUGGAGACCGACUGGUAUUUGAACCAUCCCUUGACGCUCAAGCAGAAGCCGGCUGAGGCGAAUGACGAUGGAGGCAAGAAGGCAACCAGCGGCGGAAGCAAGAAGGCAGCGAACAGCGGAGGAGGCACGAAGAGGAAGAAGGGUGCAUCAGUUUCGAUCGCGCCGUCUGCAGCAGGACCGAGGGAACAUACGCCUUUGCAAGAUAUUGCCAACAUUCAAAGUCUCAGUAGUGGCGGUUCAGUAACGCGCGACAAACGCAGGAGGUUGAGCAGCACCACAUCCAACUUAGACCCGGCUUUCCGGGAGGACGUCAACCCAAACCCCUCGUCGGACGACCUGUUCCUUGGGAACCAUACCCCGUCCAGUCGUGAUCUGCAUAAGAGGCUCGGAUCAGUCACCACCACGCCAACUCCACGGGUCCCGAUGACACCUACUUCUCAGACCAAUAUCCCAUCGCCUUUCGUUAUCCCCAACUCCUCUCGCGUCAACGAAGCCCAUCCCGGAUCCUCCCGAACAAUCGCACCUGAUCAUCAGCCAAGGAUGAGCGACAUCUUUCAGCAACGCCCUCGAGAUUAUCAUCAGCAUACCAAGCACGGCUCUGAACAAACACUCAACUGGACUCACAAUCAACAUCCCAAUGAUAUGGAUCACGAGAACCUCGACCCUCCUCGCACCGGUCGGCAGGGUGAGGAACCUCCUCGAUAUGACGCGCCUGCAACCUCUUUGACUCUGAACGACCUUGUUAACGAGAACAUCUACGACAACAACGAGCCUCACGAUGAUGACGAGGAUGACGACUUGUGCUAA